GUCCGAGUCUUCAAAGAAGAAAUUCUUUUUCGAGAAUAUAUUCACAAUAUUAUUUUUCAACACUGAAGUAGUUCGACUUUGUGCGAUUUUCUUCAGUUGUUUUUAUUUCAUUAAACUAAUAACACCUUAAAACAAAAACAUCAAAAUGGCGUUCGUUUCCGGACCUUCGUAUAGUGCUUGGCAAGGAUCAGGUAACAUGACUGUCGUGGAUAAAGUUCCACCAGACAUGUUACACAUGGUUGAUGCUCACUGGUUUCAAUUUCCACCAAUGAAUCCACUAUGGCACAGUAUUCUCGGCUUUGCUAUCUUCUGUCUUGGAGUAACAUCCGUUAUUGGAAAUGGCAUGGUUAUCUUUAUCUUUUCUACCACAAAAUCACUUAGAACUCCUUCAAAUCUUUUGGUUGUUAACUUGGCUUUCUCUGAUUUCUUCAUGAUGUUCACAAUGUUCCCGCCUAUGGUUUACAACUGCUAUCAUGAAACAUGGGUAUUAGGACCACUAAUCUGCGAAGUUUAUGCUAUGCUUGGAUCAUUAUUUGGAAGUGUAUCCAUCUGGACAAUGACAAUGAUUGCAUUGGAUCGAUACAAUGUAAUUGUUAAAGGAUUAUCAGCGAAACCCAUGACAAAUGGAUCUGCCAUGAUGAGAAUUAUGUUAGUAUGGAUAUUAUCUGUUGUAUGGGUUUCCUUCCCAUUCUUUGGAUGGAACAGAUACGUACCAGAAGGUAACAUGACCGCUUGCGGAACUGAUUACUUAUCCAAGGACUGGACAAGCCGCAGCUAUAUCUUGGUCUACUCCGUGUUCGUUUACUUCGCACCACUUUUGACAAUUAUCUACUCAUAUUUCUUCAUUGUACAGGCUGUGGCUGCUCAUGAAAAAUCAAUGAGAGAACAAGCUAAAAAAAUGAACGUAGCAUCACUUCGUUCAUCAGAAGCAGCAAACACAAGUGCCGAAUGCAAAUUGGCUAAAGUAGCUUUAAUGACAAUCACCUUAUGGUUCUUUGCAUGGACUCCAUAUCUCAUUAUCAACUAUGCUGGAGUUUUUGAAUCCAUGACAAUCAGCCCCUUGGCUACCAUCUGGGGAUCAUUAUUCGCUAAAGCUAAUGCAGUAUACAAUCCAAUUGUGUAUGGUAUCAGCCAUCCAAAAUACCGAGCUGCUCUUGGCGCAAGAUUCCCAUCUUUGGUCUGUGCUGGAGAACCACACGACGAUGGAACAUCAGUUGUAUCUGGUGCUACAAAUGUCUCAGAAGAAAAACCAGCCGCAUAAAUUCGUUGAAUGUCGUAUGACAAAUUUACCCGUUUUUAAUGGCGCACGAAAUUUAAUAAUACAAAGUAUAUUUUAAAAUAAAAAUAAUGAGUUUAAAAAAAAAUGGAAACGAACUGCCAAAUUAUAUUAAAUGUAAAUAACGGUGUAAAUGAAAUAAAUAUAAUAAAAUAAUUUUAAAAUGCGGUGUUAAAAAUGGGAAUUGUAUGAACAUUAUAAUUGUCACAAUUUUCUAGUGAUCAAAUACUUAAUUACUUAUAUGACGAAAAUUUGCAAUUCUACAGGAAAAAAUGUGUAUUAAUUAUUAUUUUCUUUAAAAAAAAAUUAAUUAAAAUAUCAGAUAAAAAAUUGUUAAUCAUUCAAUUUUUAAAACUGUAUAAUUGACAAUGCAUUCCAAUUUAUAGUACUUAGUAUUUUUUUCAUACAAACAAUAAAACCCAGCAAGCAAUUAAAAUU